AAAAAGGAAAGAGAAGGGGAGAGAGAGAGAUGGCUGCGUCCCGGGGCGGCCCUUCCUUCCCCCUUCUCCCCGUCCUCCUGCUGGGCUGCGCGGCCUUCCUGACGGGGAGGGGGUCCGGCUCCUCCUCCCACUCCCUGCGCUAUUUCUACACUGCUGUCUCUGAGCCUGGGGAGAAGGAGCCCCAGUUUUUCGCUGUGGGCUACGUGGACGACCAGCAUUUUGUUUCCUAUGAUGCCAAAGCCAAGAGGCGCAUUCCUACCGUCCCCUGGAUAAGGAAGGUGGACAAGGAGGACCCUGAGUACUGGGAGCGGAACAGCCAGAUUGUGCGGAAUGCUGAGCUGGGCUUCCAAGCGGACCUGGUGAAUGUGCCCAGGUACUACAACCAGAGCGGAGGGACUCACACCUGGCAGUGGAUGGUCGGCUGUGAGCUGAGGAGAGACGGGAGCAAAGGAGGGUAUUGGCAGUAUGCCUAUGACGGGAGGGACUACAUCAGCUUUGACAAGGAGACCCUCACCUGGACGGCAGCCGAUGUCCCAGCCCAGAUCACCAAGAGGAAGUGGGAUGCUGACUUAGCAGAUAACCGGUACAAGAAGGCCUACCUGGAGGAGGAGUGCAUUGAGUGGCUGCAGAGAUACCUGGAGUAUGGGAAGGAGACCCUGCUGAGGACAGAGGUGCCAGAAGUGAAGGUGACACGCAAGGUGGAAUAUGAUGGCAUGGAGACCUUGAUCUGCGUGGGGGGCUUCUACCCCAAGGAGAUUGACAUCACCUGGACAAAGGAUGGGGAGGUCUGGAUGGAGGAUACCUACCAUGGCCUGGUGUCCCCCAACUCGGAUGGGACUUACUACACCUGGUGGAGCGUCAUGGUGGACCCCAAGGAGAGGGAACGCUACAAAUGCCACGUGGAGCACGAUGGGCUUCCAAACCCUGUGGACGUGGCCUGGGAGGAGCCUGCCUCCAACUUGGGGCUCAUCAUGGGGUGUCUCCUGGGGGUUCUCCUCCUCAUCGCUGUGAUGGCUGGGAUUGCUGUCUAUUUCAAAAAACAUCAAGAUGGGUACUCCACAGCUGCACGAAGUGACCAAGGAGCCAACAGCUCUGGGACAGGGACUGGUGUGCCCAUCUAGCAACCUCAAAGCAG